CCCGCCGAGCCCGCAGGGCCGGAAGCGCCGCGCGACGUCACGUCCGGCCCCGCCCCGCCCGCGGACGGUGGCCGACAGGCUCUGGGGAGGCCGGCGCGCGGCGCGAUGCAGCUGCCCCCCGCGCUGUGCGCCCGCCUGGCGGGGCCGCCCGGGGCGGCCGAGCCGCUGCCCGUGGAGCGGGACCCCGCGGCUGGGACCGCGCCCUUCCGCUUCGCGGCGCGCCCGGUGCGCUUCUCACGCGAGCACGCCUUCUUCGAGGACGGGGACGUGCAGCGGCAUCUGUACCUCCAGGACGUGCUCACGCAGGUGGGCGGGGCGCCCGAGAGGCCCAGGGUGCCCGAGUUCACCUGUCAGGUGGCCGGCUGCUGCCAAGUGUUCAACGCGCUGGAUGACUACGAGCACCACUACCACACGCUGCACAGGAACGUCUGCUCCUUCUGCAGGCGGGCCUUCCCCUCUGCACACCUGCUGGACACCCACAUCCUGGAGUGGCACGACUCCCUGUUCCAGAUCCUGGCCGAGCGGCAGGACAUGUAUCAGUGCCUGGUGGAGGGCUGCACAGAGAAGUUCAGGACCAGCAGAGACCGGAAGGAGCACCUGGUGACGCGUCACCUCUACCCUACCGACUUCCGCUUUGAUAAACCAAGGAAGAGCACAGGGUGCCUGGCAGCGUGCCAGGAAGCCACCUCCCGAGCUUGGAAAGCCUUUGCCCCGGCCACGCCCGGGGCCCCAGAGCAGGUGUCCACAGACGCCCUGGGGGAUGACGGGGGGCCAUCGGAAGAGGACGCCAUGGACGUCUGCUCUGAACACACGGACCCGCCCGCAGAACGCGCAGGAGUGAGGCGGGGCUACAGCCACAGGGUCCCGUCUGCCAUCUGUUUCGGUCAAGGCGCCGCGCGAGGAUUUAAAAGCACCAAGAGGAGAAACAAGCACCAGUGAGGGCAGCGCCGGCCGCCCCGCGCCCCGCCUUGCCCCGAGGGCCCCCGGGGCCCCGCCCGCGCCGCCCUCCUGCCUCCGCUGCUGGAAUGCGGCCGGAGGCCACGGGGGGGAGGCCGUGGGGGGCCCGCGGACUCUGGGGAGCAGCCCCCCAACGUCCUUUAGAAACACAGGGAAUAAAUGGUUUCACGAACAGUCUCUGGUCGUCGUU